AUUCAGGUACCUGCAGGCUUCACUCUUAGUCUAGCCUAGAUAAUACUUUUAGCUGCUGCUCUGCUGUGGUGCCACUGUCACCCCUUAGUGUCAAAGGUAAUUUGAGAGUGGUUCAACCUGAAUUCCCAUAAAUUGAGGCAAAGAAAAUGAAGAAGAGAAACCAAACAAGCGAUGCUAUGGAUAGCAAGGACCGUGAUUGGGACUUCAGAAAGCUUAUGAAAGACAUCGAGUUUUUGGGUGCCUCACAUAUGACAUGGAAAGAAAGGAAAGAGUUGGAGAACCGGAAGGUAGUGUCUCUUGGUGGCAAGCCUCCAAAGAAACAAAGACUGCCUUUAAGUGUAGCACGUGUACAAAUGAAGAAACAAAAGGAAAGAGAGGAGAAAAUGCUUCAAGAGAAUAUAAUUCUUGGACGAUUUGGAGGUAAGCUUGGUGGUGGAGCUAAAAGAUCAAUGGAGAAGCGCAAACUGGAGAACGGGGUCCUGCGGUCAAGCGAGGGAUAUUUCAGAAAUGGUGUACUUGAUGUGAAGCAUAUGUUAAACCCAGCCUCAUCAAAAGAUAAUGAUUCCAGUAAUCAUGUUGUUGGUAAAGAGAAGAAGAAGAAGAAGGGAAGCGGAAAGAAAAAUCGAGGAAAGAAGAAAGGCAGUGGUAGGAAGCGCCAUUGAACAUAAAUGAUGGUAAUCUCUGUCAAGACGACGAGUGGAAAUCCAACUUCAACUGCUGAUACUUGCAGUUAUAUGACUCUCUCUCUCUCUCUCUCUCUCUCUCUCUCUCUCUCUCUCUCUCUCUCUCGUUAAGAAAAAUGUAAUCUUGGCAAUAACUCAGAACUCAAAGGUGCUGCAAUAGUAGUCGUAAACAAUUGAUCUUUCAGCUGGAAUGAGCCAAUUUAUUCAGUAAGAAAAGUUACAAUUCAAUCCAA